AUGUGUAUUAGAUUCGAAGAAAGACUGAAUGAUGAGAUAAGAAUGAUAAUUGGAGGCGUAGAAAUUCAGGAAUUUAUUACUUUGUCAAAUAGGGAUAAGAAAUUGGAGGAGGUGUAUAACAGAAAGAUACAAAGAGAUAGAAGAAAUAGAGAAUCAUUCAAGAGGAGUUCUUCUAAAACGAUCUCAGCUGCUCUAGUUAAAAAGUUUAGAGAUGAUUUUAGCCAACCUACUUCAACUCUUGAAAGAUCGGGUAAAAGUAAAAUAACUGAGCGAAAUGGGGGAGUAACUAUUAAACCUGUAGCCAGUGUUAGCAGUGUACAAAAUUCUCCCAAGCCAAGAUGCAAAGAAUGUGGAAGAUUUCAUAGUGGUGAAUGUUGGGGCAGAACAGGAGCUUGUUAUAGGUCUGGGAGUACUUAUCAUUUUAUUCAAGACUGCCCCAAAUUGUUAAAAGAAGAAGAGGAACAAAAAGAGAAACAAAUGGCUACCCCUCAAAAGGUUAAAUGUUCGAGUCAAAGUAGUGCAACGGCAACUGUCUGCUCGAGAAUGAGUUCUGCUGCUCGAUUAGAAGCUCAAGCACCUACACGUACAUAUGCUAUUCGAGCAAGAGAAGAGGCUAAAGCCCCAGAUGUGAUAGCUGAUAAUUUCUAUCUUUUUAAUGAUUUUGUGUAUGCAUUAAUUGAUCCUGGAUCUACACAUUCUUAUAUUUGCACUGCAUUAGCAUCAGAAAAGAAACUAUGUGCAAGUUACAAACCCAUUAGGACAAAGUGUGUUAGUUAA